UCCAUUUUUUUUGUUCCCCGAAAAAGGUGCUGAGGAAAAAAUAAUAUCGUCCCGUCUGUUUAAGAGAUCGGCAUGAAAAAUAACACUUCCGAGCCGACUAUGAAAAUAGAUUGGGACAAGCUUGCUUUAUCAGAUUUAUUGAAGAGAUAUCUAGACUUGUAUAGUUUGUAUUAUAAUAGACGAGAUGCCAAACAAGAUAGCUCGUUACUUGUGUUACUUCGGUAUAUGCUUUACAUGUGCAUGUGCGAGGAACAGAUGUUGAGUUCUAGUGUUUUUCAACCGGAGCCUGCUGUCUUGGAGUCGUUGGCGUAUCUUAGUGAAUUCUGCAUGAAUAAUUUGUGCACACAUUCUUCAAAUUUUGUGGACGAUAUUUUCUCUCUUUGUGUAAAAUCAGACUCGGACUUUUUGUCGAAACAAUUGAAGGCACCUCCAGAUUCGGUACGAAAGGAGCAUUUUUUGAAGUGGAUACCUGAAAACAUUGAUGGAGUAGAUGCUUAUUCUUUUGAAGAUGCUCCGAGUCUGGCGCAAGAUGGCUUGUUGCCGAGCAGUAGCUUCGGCAGUGGACCGGAUGCGGCUACGGACUUGAUCACCCCAAAUAGUAAUAAACGCGCAUAUGAGGGGAUAACAGUCGGCAUGGACAAGAAUCAAUCUCCUUCGGUACUAGAGAGUCAAAAUAUGACAAGUGGUUCUUGGCCGAAUUUUUCAAAAAAAAAACAGCGGAAUUAUAUUUAUGGCCGCGAAGAUUAUGCAACGGUGACCACCACAGAAAGUCAUGAAAGAUCCAAUGAGUUCCACACUGCGCUGAGCAAAUAUGAGCGAGAUCAGGAGCUCAAGCAUGGAAAGUCCCUUCCAGCUACAUGGCAGCAACAGAAGAAGAAGAAACGUCAAUUUCGUUCACCGCUCAUUUCGAGCGAGGAAGAAGAUGAUCAAGGGGAUGAAGAGAGAAAGAAAGAUCGGUCUAGAAUUGAUACAAGCACAUCAUUAAAAAAGAAUAAUUCAGCGAUUGAGGAAUUUAAGGGGAUUGAUCCUGAAAUUGCUGAGCGAGUUCUGAACGAGAUCCUUGACAUGAAACUUAAUGUGCACUGGAAUGAUAUUUCUGGUUUGGAUGAUGUGAAACAAGUUUUGCAUGAGAUGAUUAUUUUACCCAGCAUGCAUCCGGAAAUGUUCCGGGGGUUGAGAACACCACCACGCGGCCUCUUGUUAUUUGGUCCACCGGGAAAUGGCAAGACGAUGAUUGCAAAGGCAAUCGCGACGGAGGCUAAAAUGACUUUCUUUUCAAUUUCUGCUUCCGUUCUUUGUAGCAAGUGGAUAGGGGAAGGUGAGAAAACGAUGCGAGCAUUGUUUACGAUUGCAAGAGCUAAGGCACCGGCAUUUGUAUUCAUCGAUGAGAUUGACUCGAUAUUGUGUGCUAGAAGUAGUGAAGAAAAUGAAAGCAGUCGAAGACUUAAAAACGAAUUUUUGCUUCAGUUUGAUGGAGCAACCACAUCUUCAGAGGAUGCGGUAAUUGUGAUGGGUGCUACUAAUCGUCCGUUCGAUUUGGACGAUGCAGCUAGAAGACGAUUGCCUAAACGGAUCUAUGUGCCUCUGCCAGAAGAAAAAACCAGGAGUAAACUACUAAGAAACUUAUUGCACAACGAGAAGCAUUGUCUCACAGAAGAACAAAUAGAGAAAAUAGCGCAACAUUUAGAAGGAUAUUCGUGCAGCGACAUUCACCAGAUUUCUCAGCAUGCAGCUAUGGGUCCGGUCCGCGACAUUAUGAAGGCUGGUACAGGGAAAAUCUUGGGUGAACUUCGGCCAAUCUGCUACGAAGACUUCCUUAAAGCAAUUAGCAUGAACAGACCAAGCGUUGCAUUGGAAGAAUGCAAAUUGUACGAAGAAUUUGCAGAAAAGUUUGGUACAAAGGGAUUUUGAAUAGCCGAUUUUCGAUGGUCUUUUCAGACUAGAAGAGUGUUGUGUGUUUUGAAAACCGAGGUGUUUUCAUGAACGGGUUGGAUAUGAGGUGAAUUGGAACGUUUGGUUGAUUUUGUGCGCAAAGGGACAGUAGAUUGAUAGCUUUGCGUAAAGAAAGGACAAAAGUGCGCUUUAAAAACGGCAUCUAUAGGACAGGUGAGUGUAUUAGAAGUGUGUUGGGCUUUUGAAAAGAUAUGUUAUGCUAGUGGAUUGAAGUAAGCUGCUUGACAGACUUGCGAGGCUGCGAGAAGUUUUUGGGCCUUAUCUGUUUUUAAUUGUACCGACCGUGUGUAGCGAGAGAGAAGGUGUUUUUCAGUAGGACGAGUUAAGCUCAGCUGGUGCUGUUAUGAACAUGCUGAUAAACUGAUAACGUCUUGUUCAAAUAGAGGCUCAAAGAGUUGGAUAAAUAAUGUUGUUGAAUUGUCUAAAUCUAAAAAGAUGGCACCCACAAUGGAUUCAAAUAAGGUGCCAAAAUACCUGUUUGACAGAUUUUUUAUGGCUUCAGGUUGUGUUGGGGAUGAGAUGUUAGACAACUCAUCGACCAAUCCAUAUUCGGUAACUAAUUUGGUAAAAUGAGAAUUAGAGACUAGUUUGCUGCAGAUGGCAGAUGCCUGACUUGGUUUGACAAAGGGGCAAUUUUUGAAAAUGCACCACAUGACAAGCAAAUCUAAGCAACUAUCGCCUAGUAAUGCGAGUUUGCGAUUUGCUGCUUUGGACUUUGCGUAGAUGAUUCGCAAAUAGGAGCGUAAUAUGCGCAUACGCGAGUUUUUAUGGAGUCGGAAGUCCUGUCUGUUUGUGCAUAAUUUCAGACUGUCUGUCAAGUGUUCGGUUGAAAAAGUGCAGGCCAUUUCGUUGGUGACAGCAGCGUUGAAUAAUUGCUUGUGUUUAGGUGAAAUUUUAGACAGAAGUUCUCUUGCCUUCUCAAUUCCACCAGAUAUGAAAGAGGCACAUAACAGGGCUUCGAUUAGCCCGGCCUUUUCAUGCAUUGAGAGCUGGGAAUAAUUUGGCAAUUUCUUGCCUCGAUGCUGAAAGUCGACUGCCACAUCCAACUUCAUAUCUUCGAAAAUGCCAGCCAGGAAUUGGUUUUUUACCAGAGAGACGCAUCUGUGAUCGAUUUCACCUACAGAAGAGCAAACGCCGAACAAUGACAAGGUUGUGAUAUAAUUCAAAACGCUAUCGCCUAGCGAUGAGAGGUGCUUGUAAUUCGAUUUUUCGGACAAGGAUACAUCCGUUAGUGCUUCGUUCGCUAAAUCCACUGAAAUUUGCACUCCAAUUUCCAAUCUUAUAAAGUGGAAUACGUAGACGAGUCUUUUGUACUGCUCGAAAAUGGGGAUUAGGGUGGACCCUCGGAAAAGGAAGUCCAAAUCCAGGGGAUAAACGAUCAUGAAUUCUGGAGACAGCAGCGUCUUGUUGCGCACUGAGAUGCCUUCUUCUUCAAAAAGGCACAGUUUUUUGUGGUUGAGAGUGAAUUCUCGAACACUUGCCAUCCGCCCUAGCUGGUCCUCUACCUUGAUCAUGUAGGUUUUGUUCAUGUAAUCUAAAUACGACUCAUUGUUGAACGAAUGUUUAUCCGCCGUGACCUCGCUCAUACCUUCGAAAAUAUAGCCCUUCUUGCUGUAUGUUGUGCGGACGAUUGACCCAGGCUGCGUGAGAGGAGAAAACCGAGAAUAUUCUGAGGUUUUCAAAAAAGGAAUGUUCAGUGACUCUCUGUCGACAUCGAGGUUGGGUGCUGGUCCGAGAAUGACAAGCAGGUACAAAUCCUCGGCUCGUUCCUUUACGAAAUCUUUCCACUCUGUGUCUUGAAUCAGCUGAUCGUAUUCAAGCAUAUCUGAUUUGCGCAGGAACAUCCAACACAUCGCAGCAUGAAACAUGAAAAUGGAUUCAAAAAGCAAAACAUUGAUGGAUAUGCAUGAUUUUAUCUUUGUGACGCUAAUCGACAGCCCGCAACUGCAAUCAAAUGAACGGUCAAGGAGAUAUGAAGUCUCUAGACGAGGUGCUAUAAAACCCCAUUUUUUAGUAUCUUGGCAAUCAAGAGCGAGUUUGUUCAUGAUUUUUUUUGUAUUCUGGCCCAAGUCGACAUGUUUUUUGCAGACACAUGUUCUGAGCUGUUCCUUUUGCGCAUCACGCAAAACAACUGAAUUGUCUGAAUCAAAGUUGUAUUUUAUUUUAAAAACAUCAUAAUCCAUA